GAAAAUAAUUUCUCGCUUCACUCUAAUUUAGAAAACAAAACGAGAAUUUUCUCGAGAAAGUGAAGGAAAAUGAUCCAAUCAAGAUCACCAACAUUAAAUCUAAUUAUUCUAUCAAUUACAUUAUUCUUCUCAUCUAAUCUAUGCCACGCAUUGUACGGACCAUCAUCUCCUGUACUCCAGCUUACUCCCUCCAAUUUCAAGUCCAAGGUUUUGAACGCAAAUGGAGUAGUUCUGGUUGAGUUCUUUGCUCCUUGGUGUGGACAUUGUAAAGCUCUCACGCCGAUAUGGGAGAAGGCGGCAGCUACCUUGAAGGGCGUCGCCACUGUGGCAGCUCUUGAUGCUGAUGCACAUCAAGCUCUGGCUCAGGAAUAUGGGAUUAAAGGUUUUCCUACCAUAAAAGUCUUUGCAUCUGGAAAGCCUCCAGUAGAUUAUCAAGGUGCUAGAGAUGCCAAAUCUAUUUCUGCAUUUGUACUCAAGCAGAUAAGGGUGCUUUUGAAGGAGCGUUUGGAUGGAAAAUCAACUGGAGGGUCUAGUGAGAAAUCUGAACGUAGCGCUGCUAGUGCAUCAGUAGAACUAAAUUCCAGCAAUUUUGAUGACUUGGUGGUUAAAAGUAAAGAACUUUGGAUCGUGGAGUUCUUUGCACCUUGGUGUGGACACUGUAAAAAACUGGCGCCUGAGUGGAAGAGGGCUUCUAUCAACUUGAAAGGGAAGGUGAAGCUGGGUCAUGUGGACUGUGAUGCUGACAUGUCUCUGAAGAGCAGAUUCAAAGUGGAAGGAUUUCCCACCAUAUUGGUGUUUGGUGCGGACAAAGAUGCUCCAAUUCCUUAUGAAGGUGCCAGAACUGCGUCAGCAAUUGAAUCAUUUGCUUUGGAGCAGCUGGAAACCAAUCGUGCACCACCUGAAGUGACUGAGCUGACUGGACCAGAUGUAAUGGAAGAGAAGUGCGGUCCAGCUGCCAUCUGUUUUGUUGCUUUCUUACCUGACAUUUUGGACACUAAGGCAGAAGGAAGGAACAAGUACCUUGAGCAGUUGUUAUCAGUAGCUCAGACGUUUAAAAGGAAUCCUUACAGCUAUGUCUGGGCAGCAGCAGGUAAGCAGCCAGAUCUCGAGAAGCGUGUAAGUGUUGGCGGAUAUGGGUAUCCAGCUUUAGUGGCCUUGAACGUGAAGAAAGGAGUGUAUGCGCCACUUAAAAGUGCAUUUGAGCUUGAGCAUAUUAUAGAGUUCGUGAAGGAAGCUGGCCGUGGUGGGAAAGGAAAUUUGGCACUUGAUGGUGCUCCGGAAAUAGUAAAGACUGAAGCAUGGGACGGGAAAGAUGGAGAGCUCCUCGAAGAGAUGGAGUUCUCUCUUGAAGAACUAAUGGGGGAAGAUGUUGGAGAAACCAAGGAUGAGCUAUGACGAGAUUAAUUCCAUUUAACGAUUUUGAUAUUAGAAACAAUGAGUGUGUGGGUGUGUAGCCAAUGACAGUAUUUGAAUUCCUUUAGUUAAAUGGACUUUUGCAACGAUA